AUGGCUUCCAACAAUGACGCCGUUUUCCUUCGGCGCAACAAUCAGAUUCAAGAUGCCAUUGACGGGCAGAAUUUGAAGCAGGCCUUGCAGCUGAUCGAGAAACGCAUGAAGAAAGGAGAGAACACGCGUUUCCUGAAGGCCUGGAAAGCCAAUAUUCAGGUUCGUAUGCUAGAUGAAACCAACCGCAAGCGAGGAAUUGCCGAUACUCUGGAACUCUGCAAGUCUGAACCAGCAAUUACAGACCUUGAAACCCUGGAUAUCUUGAUACAGACACUGAAGAAGCUCGAAGGACAUGACGAGACUCAGAGUGCGUUGUGGGAAAGGGCUGCAAAGGCCAAACCGCAGGAUCUUGAAAUUCAGUUGCGCUGGUUCUCAUCUUCGUUUGAGGAAGACAAAUGGAAAGCAGCACAAAAGGCAGGUUUGCGCAGAAAAUAUGGCUCAAUGAGUCUGCAGAAGAAUUUCCCUCGCGAGCGAAAGUACUAUUUCUGGGCUAUCUUCACCAGCCACCAGAUCUCAGUCGAUGAGAAAAGUUCUGAGGCAGACUGCAAAUUAUUCGGCACAUUGGCAUAUCGCAUGAUCGUGAAGGCUGCAGAGGAAGUUCCAAAAGACCCGGCUCAAAUCUUCAGUCAUCCUCGAGGUAUCCAAACGUCGGAGGAGAUGAUGCUGCUUCUCCAAAUUCUCAAGUCGCAAGGUCGUUUUGCGGAAUCAGUCAAACUCCUGAACAGUGAAACUGUGGGCAUAAACUCUGCAAUAAUCAACAAUGACAAGGAAUUCACCCGCUUGAAAUCGCUGAAUCUUGGAGCUGGUAAGCUUUGGGAAGAGUCGUUAUCUUUCGUGAAAAGCUUCUACACUAUGUCCGAUGAUGAGAAGAAACAGAAAGAACUACUUGAAUAUGAUGACUGGGUCAUCUGGAAUCUCCUCAUUGAGUCUGCGCGUCACAUUGGUACCCCAGAGGCUAUCAACGACGCACGCACCAUUGCCGAAGACUUUAUCAAUUUCAAUCCCAAGUCUCGUAAUGCAUGCCUUGCCCUUGUUGACAUCGCGGAAAUUGACCUGCAAAAGGGAAAUAUGACCAAGGACGAGUACUUCGAGUUCUACAAGGGUUACGUCGAUCGACAAAGCCACAGAGUCUUCGCCUUCGGUGAUAUCCGACGUUUGAUAGGUGACGACAAGGACUCCAUGGCAAAGAUACUCGAAUAUCUCUGCGAGAAAAAAGAUCAAAGCCCAAAUCCAUUUGUGUCUACCAUCAAUGCGUUGAAACUAGAGUAUUGCCUUAAGAUCUCUGGUGCUGACAGCAAGCCCUCUAGGCAGCACAUCGAGGGCUUCGUUACUCGCUGCUUGGAACUCUAUCGUGAGAAUGUGAGAGAGCAGGAUAUCGAGAAGACUGAAUCACCCCCGCGUGACGACUUGCCUGUCCUUGCCAUUAUGGCUAUAUUGAGUGAAGAGGGAGACCUACGGCCGUCCGGGCCUGCUCUCAUUCGUUCGGCUGCUAUUGUAGAACGUUUCCUACAUGACUCACCACACAACUCAACUGCACUCCUUGUGCUAGUGCGUUGCUACAUUUUACUAGGAGCUGGAUCUCUCGCAAUGACCACCUUCAACAGAUUAUCUGUGAAGCAGAUGCAGUGGGAGACCAUUGCUCACAACCUGUUCACUCGUCUUUCUACUAUCCAUCCUCAUUCGGCCCCGCCGGUGGAAGGGACAGAGCGUAGCGAGUUUGAUCCUCAAGCAGGGUUCCUCAAAGCCCUCAACUUUUACCGAAAUGCCGACAUCACCACUAUGAAAUACCGGACCCGUGGUCUUGAGGAAGGAGCAUACUCUAAUUUGGGUGAAGUGAUCGAGCUUCGAAGUCGUUUAAAUCAUAGUAUCUGCCGCAGGCUAUGGGCUCUGCAUAUUCGACAGGCCCAACGAAUUGUAGGUGGGGAUUCUACCGCACGUUUCGAUGAAAUCGCCAAAAACAAUCUGCCAUGUGAAGACUCACGAAACUAUCAAGCCUUUAUGAGCUGCGAGUUCCCUGGGAAGCCUAUCUUUGAGCACCGGCUACGGGUCGGGCCCUCGCCGAAGGAGGGCUGGAUGCGUUCAGCAAGGAUUACCGACCAACUUUUUGCCGUGCUGAAGAGCGUCGCAAUUCAAAAGCCGCUGGCCCCAGGUAUGGACUUGCCAGACCUUAGCUCAUUGUCUCUUUCAGAUGAUGAUGAUCGAACCGAGACUGAGAAGGAGAAUGCAAAGAUUCACUCUGAGCUUCUCAAAGUGGCAACAUUCCUGGCUGGUUCAAAAGCCAUAAAUGCUGAACAAGUAGACGCAGCCUUCGCUGUGGUGGAGGAUUGGUUGAUUGCAAAGAUCAAGACUCUUACUCCUAGCGAUUCAGAUGGGAAUAACAGAACUUCGCCAAUAAUAACCGACACUGCUGUACACCUCCAUGUCGGCCACCCUACUGGACCCACAUGGACCUACCUGCACGCUCUAUUCUCGCUUCUUGAGACUUUGAAGGCGUUGUCGCAGCUUGUCAUCUUGGGCAGCAAGAAGGGUCCCAGCUCAGUCAAGCUUCCUAAGGAGCGACUGGAUCGGCUUGCAGCUAUGGUUCCCGAGGUUUAUGAACUUGUGCGCUCCAACGCGAAAGCUUUAAAGAGUGCUGUCUCCGCCCCAGGAGUCCUCAGCGAUCUGGUUGACAAUACCAUCCAAGGGGAUAGUUCCAAACCAUACGGCCAGGAGGUGCAAAGCGUUAUCGAGGAGUAUGUUGGUUCAUCCGAACAUGAACUGUUUUGUGGCUCCUUAAUGGAAAGCUGGGAAGAAGCACUUUCCGGCAUAAUGGCGACCGGUUUGUGUGGUUCCCCAGUACUAGGGGAUUUUCGUUCGACUUUCUUCUUUGCUUCGACAACCACCGCCAACCCCCCCUCAACAAACCGUCGAAAUGGCCGAACGCAGCGGUAUCGUGCUUGGCAGCAACAAGGGCCACUUUCUUCGAACCAACCCGAGUUGGGGUAUGUCACCUUGGUCAUGUGUGAAGCGCGAAUCAUCGGUCAUCAAAAUAUCGCGGAGGGAGUCUUGACGCCCAUUGUAUAUCCCACGCCCAACAUCAAUGAGGAGGAACCCGUCAACAAGUACCGGAUCAUGUGUGGAGGAAAUUUUCGGACCACGACUUACAUUCCGCAUUCAACCCAUGACCUUGCCUGUGAACCACCCAACUCUUCUUAUAAUUCGCAUUCGAGAGACAAGACAUUUGCAACAGACAUUGCGCGGGGUGGAAGCGACGGGGGAAAUGCACAACCCAUACAAACAGACAUGCUGACUAGCAGGCUACAGAAAACUACCCCCCUCAACACCCCCAAGACCAAGAUUAGCCGCACCAAGGGCAAGUCUUCUCACCGCACCAAGUUCGUGCGUGAGAUCGCCCGUGAGGUCGUUGGUCUCGCUCCUUACGAGCGUCGCGUGAUCGAACUUCUCCGCAACGCUCAGGACAAGCGUGCCCGUAAGCUCGCUAAGAAGCGUCUGGGAACAUUCGGCCGUGGCAAGCGGAAGGUUGAGGACAUGCAGGGUGUUAUCGCCGAGGCCCGCCGUGUCCAGGGUCACUAG